AUGUCCAUCGGUGGUCCUUGUCUGUGGGUGCCUCCUUUGUCUACACAAGCCCCAUCGCCACUAUCUGCAGUAUCUCGCCACGUUGAGUGGGUGUCUGCAACGCCGCGACGGAUUUUGUCCAUCUCGCAUCUGCCGAGGGACGGGACACAUUUUCCUCACCUGAAUCCCUCGCCGGCGGAGAUGCAGCGGACGAUGGCGACGGCCGACCAUGGCUUGUCACAUCCAGUGUCGGACCUGGGGCGUCCAUCGGGGAUCGGUGCCUGGCGUGAGGGAGACAUGGCGGCCCACGAUGGAGCUGAGAAAGCCCCAACAGAGAUGGGAGGUAUGAAACUGCCUCAGAUUAAGCUCAAUAUCCCAACUGAAGGUCACACUGGCCGCGCGACUUUGACACCCCCGGCUGGAAUCGCUCGCUCCGGGGAUUCGGCGGAUGCUGCACGAUCUGAUUUUGAUCAACAUGAUGAGAAUGAUCGACAUUCACCCGAGAGCCAAAUCGACGAAAAGGGCGACGGGACGGAAGAUAAUGACGACAGUCAGUCACCGAUUAUUGACAAGAAAAAGAUGAAAAGAUUUCGACUCACGCAUAAUCAGACUCGGUUCUUGAUGAGUGAAUUUACCCGCCAGGCGCAUCCAGAUGCUGCUCACCGAGAGCGUCUGUCAAGAGAGAUCCCCGGGCUCACACCGCGCCAGGUUCAGGUGUGGUUCCAAAACAGACGCGCUAAGCUGAAGCGGUUGACUACAAAUGACCGCGAAAGAAUGCUGAAAUCGAGAGCUCUGCCGGACGAUUUUGACACCACCAAAGUUCUACGCACGCCGUUUGAAAGCAAGUCUGUCAUUCCAACUGCAAUGGGCGCUCCGCACGACUUCGGAGCUCCGAACCCAGAUUUUGCAUCGCUGAGGUCACUUCGCACCGACUGCUUCCCACGACCCAGUGAAGACGAGUAUAUGACAUCUCCUCUCAGUUCGGCAUCGACCGCCGGCACCUACAUGUCCUCCGCUGGACGGAGCGACGGGCUACCCAGCUCGGGAAUGCCAUACGGACGCCCACUCGCCUCCUCUUCAAUGUCAGACUUGCAUAGGACAACCAUCCGUAACGAUUAUUCGAUCACACGGUCAAGCAGCAUGUCAGAUGGCUCCUCAAAUCCUCCCUCUUUUCAUCCCACCCUACACAUGCACAAUCGAUUUGCUUCAUCUCCGACAAAUCCCGGUCUGCCCUACAUGCGACAGCCGGUCAUGGACUAUACAGUUCCUCGCCAUCCCAGUUCUGCUAUGGGGCCUCCUUUUGAGCAGCAGCCAUCUCAACAAACUUUUGAAAGUUCCGCAUCCCCAACAAACUCCCAGGGAACUUCUAUGACCUACGAAAUGAAUACCAUUAACUCCCAACCAAAGAGCUAUCAUCAUCAAUAUCCCAUGUCAGCUCCCAAAAACUACGGUGCUCAUGCCAUGAGCUCUCACGUCUCUCCGCAUGGUCUGCCGGUGUCAACCAUGCAUACCUUGCCUGCCUCGCAGGAUUUCAGACCAUACUCCUACACAACCACUCCAACACCCAUUGCCAGCAUGCCGUACGCUUCAACAAGUGCAUCCACUCUCAGUCUGCCAACCUCCUUUGGUCCAGCCGAGGCGAACAUCAUCUCCCCGAAUGAGGCAUCACAGCACCAAACCCAGAGUAUCGACUCCCUUCGAGAAAAGUUUGGCAGUCAAACUUAUAACUACUCCAACUACAUCCAGCAAUAA